AUGACGGAUCUGAUCCUAGACAUGCCAAGAAAGUGGCAACUAUAUGACAGGGUUAGAGGAGUUGCUCUCUCUAAAGAUAGGUUUCAGUUUAUCUUCAAGUAUGAACAUGACUUGAUAGAUAUUUUGAACAGAGGAGUUCACACUUCUAACCAGUGGUCGCUAGCGAUGGAAAGAUGGGUCGAGAGACCUCCGCCUGAUUACUUGCAGUUCAUUGAGGUCUGGGUCCAAAUGAGGAACAUACCGGUUAACCACUAUACGGAGGUGGCGCUUACUGACCUUGCAGAGUUUGCUGGUCAAGUCAUCGAAGUUGCUUUUGAUCCAAACAAACCGCAGACCAAAGAUUAUAUAAGAGCUAAAGUCAGGUUUGAUGUCUCCAAGCCUCUUAGACGGUUUAAAACUGUUAAUGUUCCUAGUGGGGAGAGUUCCUGUCAUAUCUUCCAAGCUGACAAGGCUGCUGUUGUGCUCAAAGAAAAAGGAUCAGUCUGUCUUCAGAAGCCUUUGAUGGAGAAAAUUAUUAAAGAGGAUGAUCCUCUUUUUGGAGUGGUUAUGGAAUCUCAAGUUGGUAUUAAUCCUCAGAAUGGGAAGCCAAAAAUUGCGGAGGAAGUGUUAGAAGGAAUGAGACAGUACUUGGUGGAUGCUGAAGGAGCUGAGAAAAUGGCAAGAAAAGAAAGAAUCAAGUGGUCCUUAAAAGAAGUAGAGCAGGAUCCGAUCGCUCAGAAAACCUUUCUCAGGCUUGAACCGAGGCAAAAAGAACUCCCAAAAGAUGUGAUUUCUCAUGGAGGAAGCAAGCUUAUGGCAUCUGCCAUUAGAGCUGGUAAUGCGAUGUCUUUGGAACCUAGAAACAUGGGGAUGAUGUCUGAUGCUGCUGCCUUUUCUGAUUCUGCUACUGGUAGUUGGAAUCCUAGAGGUCCUACGGGUUAUAACAUUGGCAUCUCUGAUGUUUGUUCUUCCGGGACCAAAGGGGGGAAAACUUACCAGAGGAGGAGGUCGGGUUCUUUUGUCAGAAAGGCUAGGGGAAAAUCUUUUAAGGCUGAAGCUUCUAGAGAAGGGAAGAUGAAAGAUAAAGCUCCAGCCGUUGCAGAGAAAAGGAAAAGUUCGAAUGAUGUGGAGACAUCUCAAUACUCACCAAGGUCUAAGAAACCAGCGGUGGUCCCAAAUGAGGGACCACCCAAUCUCUGA